AUGGCAGCCCCCGCCCCUCCAUCCUGGCUGCUCCCUAGCAUCUAUACUUCCGGUCGACACAAGCCUGGCACACCUCCAACAUGGCUUGUGGUGUUUAUCUGUCCCCUAGAGGACGCAGAGCGGAUUGCCAUGAUGACCAAGCUCAGCUCCAUGGGUGAGGAGUGGCCAGAUAGUCCCCAAAAUGGGAUGCGACGUCUGGUCGAGAUUCCUUGGCUGAUGAAUUAUACCCCACCGACAUCUGUCAUAUUCACCAUGUUGAAAGAGGAUCCUCUCAUCUUCAUUGAUGAUCAGUCCCGAACGGACCAUUCGGCGAUCAUCGCCUGGAGGACCUCUAAGGAAUCAGGCGCCGAGGCUGCUCGCGUACCAAUCGAGCGAGCCAACCUGCUUCUGGGCAUAGCUGCCAGCGGCGGAUUAUCAGCGGAUUAUACUCGAAUUUCAUCAGAGCCGGAGGAAGAAGAAGCCGUCCAGGUAAAGCUAGGCUUCUCCCAUCAUGUUCUAUUGUACGAUCAUUUGCUGAAAAAAAAUACGUAG